AUGGAGAAGGCAAAUCUCUUUGACAUGGGGUAUCAGGGUUCGAGAUUUACUUGGAGAGCACAUAGGCAAAAUGGUCUCUUCAUUCAAGAAAGAUUGGAUAGAGUUCUGGGGAAUUUGCAAUGGCAAGAAGUUUGUCCAAACGCAUCCAUUACUCACUAUCCUGCCAUUAGAUCAGAUCAUAAUCCACUAGUUAUGGAAACGGUCAGGCACCACAAAAAGCAGAGAGGGCAUUUCAAGUUUGAAGCUUAUUAG